CCAAGUUGUAUCUUCAGCUUCCGGCCCACAAGCUCUUCAGUUCCACUAGAGGAGGAGCUUUUUGAGCAAGCUGUUCGCAGUAUUGAUAAUUUACAAGGUUUCAUUUACAAGGAUGGAUAACAUGAAGUAUCAUGGAUACAUACUUGAAAUACACCAUGGCGGUUCCUUUAAUGAAGAAGGAGGGGAAAUUUUGUAUAGUGGGGGUGAGAUAAUGCGUUGGGAUAUAGACCCAGACAAAGUAUCCAUUACUCAUAUGGUGAAAGAAUUGGAAAAUAUGGGGUAUAAAGGUAAUGUAGAGGUGGUGUUGUGUAGGGUCCAUGGGAAGGGGUUAAAAGAAGGAUUGUUUGAGGUGUACAAGGAUAGUUCUGUCAUUCAACUCAUAGGGCAGCUAUUGGAGCAUAAAUAUUGUCAACUGUAUGUGAAGCACAAAAUCGACCCCAAAUCAUUUCAGCAACCUACGGCGACUACUGAGGGAGGUGAUGAAGAGACUGCAUCUGGUAGGUUACGAAGGGAAGGAGUUGAUGCUAUUGUAGAUCCAGGUACAGAAGAAAGUGAAGAGGAUAGUAGUAGUGGGAGUGAGAGUGAUAUUGCUUAUAGGGAUGUAGCUGCAGAUCUAAGCGAAGAAGAUGAUCCUGAGCUCGAAGACAUCAGAUGCCAAGUUGAAGUUGCGAAGAAGAAGAGAGCUGAGAAGUUAAAGAGUUUGCGGCUACAGAAGGAUCUAGAUACUAUCAUAAGGGAAGCAAGACAAGAUAAGCAGUACAACAAGGGCAAGGGCAAAGAGAAAGGGUGCGCUAUUGUUGCCAUUGAUGCAGCAACUGAAGGAUACAUAACCGAUUAUCCAUCUUCUAAUGAGGCCUGCAGUAUUAACUCUGGUGAAUCAAGUUAUGAGUUUGGGGAUGAUGAAGACACAUUGAGAGAACCCAGAAGUUACUUCAGGAAGUCGGGUACAUUCCCUCAAUAUGAACCGACUUGUGAGUUGCCAACUUUUACUGUAGGGCAACUGUUUGAAGAUGGAAAACAAUUUAAGGAUGCAAUUUGUUUGGCUGCUGUGAAGACCCAAAGGAACAUAUACUUCAAAAAAAAUUGCAAAGAAUAUAUAAGAGUGAGGUGUAAAGAGACGAGUUGCCCUUGGCAGAUAGUUGCUAAAUUCAUGAAGAAUCUUGGUGCUUACCAGGUGAGGAAAUUUUUUGACAAUCACACCUGCAAUAUAACUUACAAGAAUAGUAGAGUUAAUAGCAGUUGGUUGGCUAAACAUUACAUGGGCACAAUCCGAUCACUUCCAUCCAUCAAGCUAAAUGAAUUCAAAAAGCUAGUCAAGGAGCAGCUAGGUGUUGAGGUAUCCAGAUCCCAGUGUAGGAGGGCAAAGGAGAAGGUCUAUGAUUUGGUGGUUGGCGAUAGUAAAGGAGAGUAUGCAUUGAUGUAGUUUUAUGCUGAUGAAUUGAAGAGAGCAAAUGGGAAUUCAUCUGUCUGUAUGAUGGUUCAAAGGGCAAUACCAGCUGAACCGCCUAUCUUUGAUAGGUUUUAUGUGUGUUUUGAUGCUUUGAAGACAGGAUUUGUAAAGGGGUGUAGGCAAAUAAUUGGUGUUGAUGGAUGUUUCCUGAAGACAGUGGUUAAGGGUCAACUGUUAACUGCCAUUGGUAGGGAUGGAAACAAUCAAAUGUUUCCCAUUGCUUGGGCCGUAGUUCAAGUUGAGAGUAGAGAUACAUGGUUAUGGUUUUUGAGGCAACUUAAGGAGGAUUUAUGCAUAACUGAUGGCUUGGGUUGGUCAAUCAUAUCUGACCAACAAAAGGUAAUAUAACUAAUAUUCAUAACGAUAGCCGAGUAUAUUUUAAUUGCUUACAAAUUUUCUUGUUUUUUUACAUAGGGGUUAGUAC